GACGGAUAGUGACGGUUUUCCAUUGUAGCUGAGUAGAUUUUUAUUUCAUAUUUGAAGUCAGCAAAAGUAAAUCCAAGAUGGCCGGUGUGUUAAAGAAUGCGAGCACCAAGUAAAUAACUGUUAGACGUCGCGAGGUUCGGUUGUUUUUCAUAGCCGCUCUUCGGCGUUAUUUCGUAACCAAAAGGAAACCGGAAUCGUGAAUUUCCCGAAGAAAAAUUGAAAACUCUUGACAGGGAAUCGGGUGUCGGAGGCACGUUUCGCGAAGGAAUUCGAAUUUUUUUUUUCCGCCCGGAGAACGGGUUCAACGGAGGUUAAGGUUAAAAAAGUUCGUAGUAUUUUGUGACACACCAGAGGGAAUAAAAGCCACGGGAAAAAUUGAGCCCCCGCGAACAGUAGCAGGUAUCCCGCGAAACGGUGUGCCAUUGUUCUCUUUGUUUUUGUUAUUUUGAUGCUCGCUAGCUGAAUAGGAUUUUUCUAUUUCGACAUCGAGAAAAUUGCUAGCGAGUGCGAGAGAAAUUCGCGGGUCGGAAAUGCCAGUUGGUGAAUGUGCCCUUUAAGCCAUUAUUAUGGUGAAUUUAUUCGGGUUUUUGGUGGUUUUUGAAUCUUUAAAAUGUCUCAUCGAGAUUUUACAGAGGUGGAACCCGAAGGAACAUCUGAACUACCAGCAGCUAGCAGAUCGUUAUUUCUUGAAAAAGUACGACAAUCGAACGCUGCCUGUCAAAAUGGAGAUUUUGCUACAGCCGUCGCUCUCUACACAGACGCUCUACAGUUGGAUCCCACCAAUCACAUCUUGUAUUCAAAUAGGUCUGCAGCCCGGGUAAAACAGGGCAUGUUUUCGCAGGCUUUACAAGAUGCUGUCACUGCUAGGGAUCUUUGUCCUUCUUGGCCUAAAGCAUACUACAGGCAAGGUGUAGCCUUACAAUGUUUAGGUCGACACGGAGAAGCCUUAGCAGCUUUCAGCCAAGGAUUGACCCAAGAACCAGCAUCUCAGCAACUUCUAGCAGGCUUAGUUGAAGCUUCCAUUAAAUCACCAUUAAGACACAACUUGGAACCAACCUUCCAGCAAUUGGAAAUUAUGAAGUUAAACCAAAGCCCUUUUGUACUUAUUUCUGUCGUCGGACAAGAGCUUUUGGCUGCAGGUUUGUACCACUCAGCAGUCACAGUAUUAGAAUCAGCUUUGAGGAUAGGAUCCUGCUCCCUUAAACUUAGAGGAUCAGUUUUUAGCGCUCUAAGCUCAGCUCAUUGGGCACUAAAUCAAUUGGACAAAGCCAUAGGAUACAUGCAACAGGAUCUUGCCAUAGCCAAAAGUCUAGGAGAUACUGCGGGAGAAUGUCGAGCGCAUGGAAAUUUAGGAUCAGCGUAUUUUAGUCAUGGAUCCUAUAAAGAAGCACUGACAGCACAUAGAUAUCAGCUGGUUCUAGCUAUGAAAUGCAAAGAUACCCAAGCAGCAGCAAUAGCUCUAACAUCGCUAGGGCACGUCUACACAGCUAUAGGAGACUUUCCUAAUGCACUUGCUUCACACAAACAGUGCGUCCAAUUAGUCAAACAAAUGGGCGACCGAUUACAAGAAGCUAGAGAAAUCGGCAACGUUGGAGCUGUAUACAUGGCAAUGGGAGAUUUUGAUAGUGCUGUUGACUGCCACACUCAACAUUUGAGAAUAGCUCGAAGGCUAAAUAAUCAGGUUGAAGAAGCUAGAGCCUAUAGUAACCUAGGAUCAUGCCAUCACUAUAAAAGAAACUUCACCCAAGCAGUCCUCUUCCACGAAAAAGUAUUACGCUUAGCCCAAGCAAUAGGAGACAAAUCUGUAGAAGCCAGAGCCUUCGCAGGUUUGGGACACGCUUCAAGGUGUGCAGGAGACUACGUUCAAGCCAAACAAUGGCAUGAAAGACAACUGGAUGUUGCGUUGGUUACUAGAGACAAAAUUGGAGAAGGAAGAGCUUGCAGCAACUUGGGGAUUGUUUACCAACUUUUAGGUGAAUAUGAUGCAGCUCUAAAGCUACAUCAAGCACAUCUAUCAUUGGCUAGAAGUUUACAGGAUAGAGCUGGAAUGGGACGAGCUUAUGGAAAUAUUGGAAAUGCUUACUCCGCUGCUGGAUUUUAUGAUUCGGCUAUAAAAUAUCAUAAGCAAGAGCUAACCAUUAGCAAGGAAGUUCAUGACAGAAGUUCUGAAGCUAGCACCCACGGAAAUCUAGCUGUUGCUUAUCAAGCUCUAGGAGCUCAUGACAUGGCUUUAUUACAUUACAGAGCCCACUUAGGCAUUGCCAGGGAGCUAAAAGAUACUGCAGGCGAGGCUUGUGCUUUAUUAAACCUAGCCAACUGCUUAAGUUCUAGAACAGAAUUUGCUGAAGCCAUUCCUUACUAUGAACAAUACUUGAUGUUAUCACAAGAAUUAUCUGACGUAGAAGGAGAAGCCAAAGCUUGUCACUUCUUAGGCUAUGCCCACUAUUGCAUAGGCAACUUUAGAGAAGCUGUAAGAUAUUAUGAUCAAGAUUUAGCUUUAGCGAAAGACUUGCAAGAUAAAAUGAACAUGGGACGAGCUUAUUGUAACUUGGGCUUAGCACAUUUUGCUUUAGGUCAGCUAGAUACGUCAUUGGAGUGCCAAAAAUAUUUCUUAGCCAUAGCUCACAUGACCAAUAAUUCAGCAGGCAAAUUUAGAGCUUUAGGAAAUAUAGGAGAUGUUUUAAUCAAGCUCAAGCAAACUGAAGAAGCUGUUAAAAUGUAUCAUAGACAAUUAGCUUUGGCUAGGAGCAAUAGGGAUAGAACUAUGGAAGCAGCUGCCUGCGGGGCCUUAGGAACUGCUCAUAGGCUCCUAAAGAGGCUAGAUAAAGCGUUAGCCUAUCACACUCAAGAGCUAACUCUACGACAGGAAAUGACAGAUUCCGUAGGAGAAUGUAGAGCUCAUGGUCAUUUAGGUGCUGUACAUAUGGCUUUAGGAAAUUACAACCAUGCCGUCAAAUGUUAUCAAGAACAACUAGCAAGAACUCAAGAUCUUAAGGAUUGCGCUGUAGAAGCGCAAGCUUAUGGAAAUUUGGGAAUAGCCAGACUGAAUAUGGGUCAUUAUGAAGACGCUAUAGGCUACUUUGAGCAACAACUAGCAACAUUGGAACGUUUAUCUUCUUCUACAGCGCAAAUGGAUAGGGGGCGUGCUUUUGGAAGUCUUGGCGAUUGCUAUGAUGCUCUAGGAGAUCCAGAAGAAGCAGCCAAAUGCCAUGAGCAAUAUUUAGCUGUAGCUUUGAAACUCAAGAAUUCUAGAGAUCAAGAGAGGGCUUAUAGAGGAUUAGGACAAUCGCAAAGAUCUCUAGGAAAUCUCCAGCAAGCUUUAGUGUGCUUGGAAAAGAGACUCGUAGUAUCUCAUGAACUUGGAAGUCCUGAAGCUAAAGCUGCAGCUUAUGGAGAGCUUGGACAACUUCAUGGUACGCUAGGAAAUCUAGAACAAGCAGUUUCUUGUUUGGAGCAUCAAAAAAGCAUCGCCAGAGAAUUAAACGAUCGAAUUAUGGAAUCGGAAGCUUUAUGUGGUCUAGGAAACGUCUACCAUCAAAUGGGAGAAUAUAGUACUGCUCUAAAGUACCAUCAAAAUGACUUGGAGAUAGCUGAGCAGCUGGACAUGCCAAAUUUCCAAAGUAGAGCAUGUGGUAAUAUAGGAAAUGUUUACGAAGCUCUAGGAAAUCUGGACCAAGCAGUCCGAUAUCAAGAGCAGCAUUUAUCCAUAGCAAUGAGCACUAAUGACCAAAUAGCUAAAGCUCUGGCUUAUAGUUCACUUGGUAGAGUUCAUCAACUGUUUGGUAAUAGAACCCAAGCAAUAGCUUAUUUGACUCAAGGACUUUGCAUUGCUGAGGCUUUGGGCAGACGAGACGAGGAGGCGAAAAUUCGAAAUAGAUUAGGUCUAGCCCUUUACGCAAACGGAGACUUAGAAGGAGCUCAGAAGCAACUAGAAUCAGCCACUCAACUUCUGGAAAGUAUACGACGAGAAAUACGAAAUAGCUCCGAAUAUAAACUUUCUUUAUUUGAGCUACAGUCCUCCAGCUACCAAGUUUUGCAAAAGGUGUUAGUGACUCUAAAUAGAUGCGAUGAUGCCUUGGUGACUGCAGAAAGAGGACGAAAUCGUGCCUUUGUAGAUCUUUUAUUGGAACGUCAAGGAUUAGAACAAAAGCCCAAAAAUAAAAAUAGCAGUAUUCUGGGCAUCAAUACGUUGGACCAACUUAAGGAUAUUGUUAAUAGACAACGAGCAGCUGCGAUAUAUUAUAGCAUAGCUGCUGGAUUUUUAUAUGCCUGGCUGAUACUACCUAAUAAAGGAGUCGUUAAGUUCCAUUCAGCAUAUCUAAUGGAAAACCAAGAAAGUUUAGAAAAUAGUGAUAAUACUGAUCCAGUACCUAGUGGUACAGGCUUGUUAGAAAAACUUGUCAAUGCUGUCAGAGAUAGUCUUGGAAUGGAACUCAGCCCUUGCACAAGAAUAGCUGAGGAUCAGUAUGUAGAUGAUAAUAUGUCGGAGAGAACUGGCUUUUUACGAAUGGUAAACAGACACCACUUGAUGAAUUCAAGCAAUUACUCCCUCAGUUCCCUAUUUUCUUUGGGAAGUGUUGGUGGUUCAGUGGCAUCUCUACAAGGCAGUACCAGAUCCAGUUCAAGCGCACAAGGCUCUACGAGAAUAACAAAACGUCAAAAUUGGAAAGGGCCUAGUUGCCUACAUGCGCUCUACACUUUAUUGCUACAACCAUUCGAAGAAUUUUUACCAACGCAAGUGACAAAUUCUAAAAAUGGCGCUAAUAAAAGGGAGCUGAUUUUAGUUCUCGAAGGUGACUUGUAUUUGGUACCGUUUCCUGUUUUAAGGUCUGCUAAUGAAAACUCUGACUAUUUGUGUGAAAGGUUUUCGCUCUUAGUAGUACCUAAUUUAACGUCACUGAAGUCUGGAAGAACUAGAAAGCAAGAUACAGAUCAAACAGUUCGUAGCCUUAUAGUAGGUAAUCCCAAACUUCCUCUAGCCAUCACAGAUCACUAUGGUUGGAAAGAUAUUCCUCAAGCAGAACAAGAAGCUACUAUGGUAGCCGAGCUUCUUCAAUCACAAGUGCUUUUAGGCAGCAAUGCGACCAAAGAACAAAUUUUUAAUCAAAUGCAGGAAGCUGAGUGUAUUCAUUUUGCUACUCAUGUGUCUUGGAAGUUAUCCAGUUUAGUUCUGAGUCCUACAGAAGUUCUGGAACAAUCUCCAACAAAAAGGCUAUAUAUGACUGAUGGUUUAGAAGAAGACGAACAUACUGAUGUAUCAAUAACGACAGAAUUGCCUCCACUAUCGGAAUUUUUGCUCAGUGCUGCUGACAUUUUGUCUAUGAAGUUGUCUGCUCGAUUAGUAGUUGUGAGUUCAUCUCAUACCAGAGAUCAGCAAGGUUGGGCAACUUCUGAUGGUUUAGUAGCUUUAGUACGAGCAUUACUUGCAGCUGGAGCGCAGGCUGUUUUAGUGUCUUUAUGGCCAGUACCAGAUACUGCAGCCAAAAUCCUAUUGAGAGCCUUUUACUCUGCAAUGCUUCAAGGAACCAGAGCAGCAAAAGCUUUAAGCGAAGCAAUGCAAACUGUGCAACACACUAAACACUUUGCACAUCCAGCUAAUUGGGCUGGAUUCGUUCUUAUAGGUUUAAACGUUAGACUGUCCAAUAAAGUGGCAUUAAUGGGACAAGCUUUAUGUGAAUUACUGCAUGUUCCUGAAAAAUCUAGAGAUGCUUUAAGGGUUACGUUGCAUCUAGUUGAGAAGAGUCUUCAAAGAAUCCACAGAGGACAAAAAAAUGCCAUGUAUACCACGCAAAAGUCUAUUGAAAAUAAAGUUGGUACAGUUACUGGCUGGAAAGAACUCCUGAUGUCGGUAGGCUUCCGUUUUGAACCAGCCUCCAACGGAAUACCAAGCAGCGUCUUCUUUCCUCAAUCAGACCCAGAUGAACGCCUAACGCAAUGUUCGGCAAGCUUGCAAGCUUUAUUAGGCCUCUCAACAACCUCUAUUCAAGCUCUUUCCAAACUGACCACUAACCCUGAUGUUGCUGACGAUAUUAUAGCUGUUAUUCAAUCAUCUUUGAAUCAGUUUUCAUCCAAAACUAUGGACAAUGAAAGCGUUGAAGUCGGAAUUAACGUUAGAUUAUGGAGAAUACCUGGAUGUCACGAACUUUUAGCAUCUUUAGGUUUCGACUUAUGUGAUGUUGGACAAGAUAAAGUUACUUUACGUACUGGGAAACAAGCAAAUAAAAGAAAUAUUCAGUUUACUUUGCAAGCCUUACUAGCUCUGUUUGAUACUCAAGAAGCACCAAAAAGUCUAACAAUAGAUUCGUCCAGUAGUCUGGAAUCACUUGCCUCGGUAGAUAAUGACUACCCUCACUCGGACACCGAAAUUUGCUCAUCACCUCAACCAACUUCCAAAAUUUUACCCAAACGGGUACCUCCACCUUUCAGCAGAACAGUAUUGCCUCAAAAAAGAUUAGGUGGGGCGUUUACAUCAUAUGUAAGACGAAGAGGUGAACCGGAUGGUCGCACAGCAAAUCCUUCCGAUACCAAAACACUUCCUGAUGCAAGACUACGUAAAACCACAACUCUGGCACGACCAGGAGGUGGCGAAUCUGAUGCAGCAUUUACACCAAGUCCUCCAGUGGCAAUGCAAACAGAAAAUCCUAGUAUGGCUUUAUCUUUGGCUCAUCAAACUAGAAUAAGAAAUCUAUACUCCCAGGGUGAUGCCAAAGCUGAUCCUCUACGCCCAGGCAGUUCCAGCUCUGCUAGUUCAGCUACAGAUUGGGAAAGCGGACAUGCAACUGUUUUAAGACGUCAAACUCAAAACCAGAUGCCACCUCUACCACCACCAAGAUCUACUAAACCAUUAGUAGAUUUACCGCUCUACAAUAAUCUGCCCCCAGGAAUGUUUGAAAACAGUUCUGACAGUGAAUUAGAAAAAAUGGAAGCUAAAAUAUUUAGUACAUCGACACCCAGAGGCAAAAUUGUAAUGAAGAAGUCCAGAAAUCCCUUGUUUACUCUUGACAGGCUUAGUGUAAGGUCUGAGCCCCCACUUCAUCAACCUCCACCACCAGUUCGUAAACCAAUAACACUUCCUAGUGAAGAGACUCUUCCAUCUAAUGAGCGUUUACUCUAUUUUUCACCAAACGAAUCCGAUGCUUCAGUUACAUUAUCUUCGUUGGUGUCAAUGACAGCCAAUGCUGUAGGAGGAAACCAUGAUCCUGAAGAAUCAGAAAUGGCUAAAGCUGACGUGUCCAUGGGGAUCAAAGCAGGCAACGCUGCCGCAUUGCACGAUACAAUUUUGGCCACUCAACUGAGGCAUAUUAAUCGAGAGUUGACCCCAACAAUAUCGGAAGUUUAUCAUGAAAGGAAUAUAGGACUUGGCCUUGCGCCCCCAUUGUCAAAACUGCUUUUGAGUCAAUCGAAUAAUGCUGCUCCAAAGACUGAUAAUACUGUGCUCGAGAAAAUUACAUUAGGAAUUCUCGAUGAUGAAGAUAUCAGUAAGGAAGUGAACAAUUCUCAGUGCCAAAGAUGUAAAGCGGAAAAUUGUGGGUGUCAAAAAAAUAAGUUGCCUAGACCUUGGUUGGCAGAAAAUGCUGGUGCGUUGCAACAAAUUCAAAGCUCAGAUUUGACUACGGCAGAUAUUCUAGAGAGGGAGGUUAAGAACAAGCUAGUUUUGAGGUCUGAACAUAGACAAAAAGACGACAUGGAACCAAAAAGGCUAUCUCCUUUUUCGGAAAUGUCACGACGCGAUGAAGGAGAUGGAAGAAGUAUAGCAGAUUCGACGUCUUCAAUAUAUAAAAAUACGCAAUUCCUUACUUAUCACGGUGCGGCAAAUAAAAAUAAAAUGAAGCCUAGUGCAAAAGUGAGGACUAUACCUAAACAAAAAAGAAAUAGCAAUGUGCAAAAUUAGGUAUUUUUAAUAAAUCUUGACUGAACUUACUAACCGAUUCCUUCAAACAGUAUUCUAGUAGCUUUGUCGAUAUAUUUUGCUUAUAAUUUAGGUGCUCUGUUAAAAUUUGUUAGAUAUUUAUAUAAAAGAAAUUAAGUUAGCUUUAAUUAAAUUAUUUCUACAGAAAAUAUAGUGAUGUAACACUUUAAAAAUGCCUUGUAAUUUGUAUAAUGUAAGUAUACUAUUUAUGUAUAUGUGGCUAUGAAGUAUGUAUUAUGUAUUGUAUUUU